UCCCGAUAUAAAUAUCCAUAUCCACUCCAUCAUUUAGAACCACCGCAUUUCAAAUUGUAAUCUCUGAGGGUGUCUUCAUAAACGCCUUCGAUUUACUUUCGGUUUCCAUUUACUUCUUUAUUGCUACGUUUUUGAAUUUUUAGUAAGCGAAAAUGAGAGAGUGCAUUUCAGUUCACAUCGGUCAGGCUGGUAUCCAAGUCGGAAAUGCCUGCUGGGAGCUUUACUGCCUUGAACAUGGAAUCCAGCCUGAUGGCCAGAUGCCAAGUGACAAGACUGUCGGAGGAGGUGAUGAUGCUUUUAACACCUUUUUCAGUGAAACUGGUGCUGGAAAGCACGUCCCUCGUGCUGUCUUUGUGGAUCUUGAGCCUACUGUUAUUGAUGAAGUGAGGACUGGUACUUACCGUCAGCUUUUCCACCCUGAGCAACUCAUCAGCGGCAAGGAAGACGCUGCCAACAACUUCGCCCGUGGCCACUACACUAUUGGCAAAGAGAUCGUUGACUUGUGCUUGGACCGUAUCAGGAAGCUUGCUGAUAACUGUACCGGUCUUCAAGGUUUCCUUGUUUUCAACGCUGUUGGUGGAGGCACUGGAUCUGGUCUUGGUUCCCUCCUUUUGGAGCGUUUGUCUGUUGAUUAUGGCAAGAAAUCCAAGUUGGGUUUCACUGUCUACCCAUCACCCCAGGUCUCCACAUCUGUUGUUGAGCCCUACAACAGUGUCCUCUCAACGCACUCCCUUUUGGAGCACACUGAUGUGGCUGUUCUUCUUGACAAUGAGGCUAUCUAUGACAUUUGCAGGCGCUCUCUUGACAUUGAGCGACCCACUUACACCAAUCUUAACCGUCUUGUCUCCCAGGUGAUCUCCUCUUUGACUGCUUCACUUAGGUUCGAUGGUGCCUUGAACGUGGAUGUAACAGAAUUCCAGACCAACUUGGUCCCUUACCCAAGAAUACACUUCAUGCUUUCUUCAUACGCUCCAGUCAUCUCUGCUGAGAAGGCUUACCAUGAGCAGCUAUCAGUUGCUGAAAUCACCAAUAGUGCCUUUGAGCCCUCAUCUAUGAUGGCCAAGUGUGAUCCUCGCCAUGGCAAGUAUAUGGCUUGCUGUUUGAUGUACCGUGGUGAUGUUGUGCCCAAGGAUGUCAAUGCUGCUGUUGCCACCAUCAAGACCAAGAGAACUAUUCAGUUCGUUGACUGGUGCCCAACUGGAUUCAAGUGUGGUAUCAACUACCAGCCACCCACUGUCGUUCCUGGUGGUGAUCUUGCUAAGGUCCAGAGAGCCGUUUGCAUGAUUUCCAACUCAACCAGCGUUGCUGAGGUGUUCUCCCGCAUUGACCACAAGUUUGAUCUCAUGUAUGCCAAGCGUGCCUUUGUUCACUGGUACGUGGGUGAGGGUAUGGAAGAAGGAGAAUUCUCGGAAGCUCGUGAGGACCUUGCUGCACUUGAGAAGGAUUAUGAAGAAGUCGGUGCUGAGUCAGGCGAGGGUGAUGAGGAAGGUGAAGAUGAGUACUAAAUAAGUAAUGUUUGAGUGGAGGGCUUGCAUUUUGCUACCCAAUGAUUUGUUUGCUUUUAUCGUGUGUUUUUGCUUGUUCUAUUGUGUGAACUUCGACUCUUCGAAGCUUUGUUCAAGACUCUAUAUGGACUGCAAUAGAUUUGACGAGUAGUUCGGCUAA